AGGGAUCAUUUCAUAGAAGUGGUCAGAGCAUUCCGCAAGAGACAUGCGCGCUCCAGCUGGUAUUACAGCCACUGACGACACCAUGCCCAUGGGGUCGGAGAGGGUGGAGAUGCGAAAGAGACAGAUGCAGAUCCACCAGGAAGCAGCCGCCAGUGUCCUCCAAACUCGCCACGGGAUGGGCGCCGCCCCCUCCAAUGGUUCAAACGCCUGCUGCUUCUGCUGGUGCUGCUGCUGUAGCUGCUCCUGUCUGACUGUUAGGGGUGAAGAUGAAAGGGUCCAGAGAACCACAUAUGAGAGGAGACCGGAGGAAACUUGUGAGGACAGCCCUAAACCCACACUUGAAGAUGCGCGAUCCUGGUCCAUGUCGUUUGAGAAGCUGAUGAAAAGUGCGGCUGGACGGGGCUGUUUCCGCCAGUUCCUGCGGACAGAGUUCAGCGAGGAGAACAUCGUGUUCUGGCUGGCCUGCGAGGAGCUCAAGAAGGAGACCAAUAAGAGCGUGGUGGAGGAAAAAGUGCGACAAAUAUACGAGGAUUUCAUCUCAAUACUAUCUCCUAAAGAGGUGAGUCUGGACUCACAUGUUCGAGAAGUGAUCAACCACAAUAUGCUGGAGCCCACUUCUCACACGUUCGAGGAUGCCCAGCAGCAGAUCUACACGCUGAUGCAGAGAGACUCGUACCCGCGUUACAUGAACUCCUCAGCGUACACAGAUCUACUGCAGAGCCUGGCCGAGCCUCCACCUGAAACAUAAGGUCUCCAACAGCCCUCCGCACUUACUAAUGCCAGAUUCAGAAACCAAGAACAUCUGUUUCUUUGCCCUUAUAUAAGAUUGGAUGAGUUGAGUAGUAAAAACGUUUUCUUUCUUUAAAGCAGACACAUUAGAACAUUUCCAAUCAAAAACUUCUGAGCUGUUGUGUCUGAACUUGGCUUUAGAUGACGCAUGUAUCCCACAAAAUACCUUUUACCCUCCAGUUGCAGUUCAAAUGUUUAGAUUUUUACAGGUAGAU